AUAAAGUCAUGUGACUGCAGAUUAACAUCAAAUGAAUAGGCAUUCAGUACCGUCAAUAUACUCAGUCUCAGGAACUGUUAAGGAAGUUUUGCGUUAUCAUCUUCUUCCAAAUCGUACACCACAAGAAUGGAUCUAAAUGAAUACAGAAGUCAUGGAUAUGCAAUGGUAGAUUACAUUGCAAAUUACUUAGAGACUAUUCGUAGUCGACGAGUAUUUCCGGAUGUUAAGCCAGGUUAUCUUCGACCUCUGCUCCCGGAUUCAGCUCCAGAGGAAGGAGAAAACUUCUCUGAUAUCUUUCAAGAUUUUGAACGUGUUAUAAUGCCAGGGAUCACUCAUUGGCAAUCUCCUCAGAUGCACGCGUAUUUUCCAGCUCUCAACAGCCCUGCAUCACUUCUAGGUGAUAUGCUGGCUGAUGGUUUAUGUAACAUCGGAUUUACAUGGGCAUCUAGUCCAGCAUGCACUGAAUUAGAAAUUGUGGUAAUGGACUGGCUGGCAAAAGCAAUAGGAUUACCUGAAAUUUUCCUGCAUUCGUCUCCUGGUAGAGGGGGAGGAGUUAUACAGACGACAGCCAGUGAAUCUACACUUAUCAGCUUACUCGCAGCUCGUACUCAAAUGUUUCAGCUGUACAAGGAAAAAUAUGAACAUAUUGAUGAAGUUGAACUCAAUACAAGACUAGUUGCAUACACAUCUGAUCAGGCCCAUUCUUCUGUGGAAAAAGCUGGAUUGAUAGGACUGGUGAAAAUGCGUUAUAUUGAGAGUGAUAAAGACUUGAGUAUGCGAGGGGACAAAUUGAUGGACGCUGUACUGAGAGAUCGAGAGAAAGGGCUUGUUCCAUUUUUUGUGUGUGCUACAUUAGGAACAACUGGAGGUUGUGCAUUUGACAACUUGAAAGAAAUAGGCUUGGUCUGUGAAAAAGAAAAUAUGUGGCUUCAUGUAGACGCAGCAUAUGCCGGGAGUGCUUUUGUUUGCCCCGAGUUCAGGCAUUGGUUGGAAGGCGUAGAAUACGCUGACUCAUUCGCUUUCAAUCCAUCUAAAUGGUUAAUGAUACAUUUUGACUGCACAGCUAUGUGGGUAAGGAAUAGUGAAAGACUUCAUCGGACAUUUAAUGUCGAUCCAUUAUAUUUGAAGCAUGAAAACACUGGUCUAGCUGUUGAUUUCACGCACUGGCAAAUACCGCUGAGUAAACGCUUCCGUGCUCUAAAAUUGUGGAUGGUCCUGAGGAAUUACGGUAUAAAAGGACUUCAGAAGCACAUUCGUCAUGGUAUUAAGCUUGCAAAACUAUUUGAAACGCUUGUUCGAGAUGAUGACAGAUUUGAAAUUCCUGCCCAGAGGCAUCUUGGUCUGGUUGUGUUUAGAAUCAAAGGUGAAAACGAGCUAACCGAAACACUUCUGAAGAAAAUAAAUACCAGUGGAAAACUACAUUGCGUUCCUAGUUCUCUUAAGGGUAAAUAUGUCAUCCGUUUCACAGUCACAUCACCUCGGACAACAUUCCAAGACAUCCAGAAUGACUGGACCUUCAUCCAGUUAAUGUGCAGCCAAAUCUUAAACGAAUCACCAUCUGGAAGACGUCCUCUGUCCAUAGCCGAGAUCAAGAGGCGGAACCCUUCAUUUGGUACUAGUCUACUUCUGAGCAACAGUCCUAUGACUCCCAAAGUUAUGAAUGGUAGUUUUGUCGCAAUUUUCGAAGCAGGAGAUGCUUUGAAGCGUCAUUUUUACAAGAGUUUUAUUGCACUUCUCACACUUCCGCACCUGAUACCCGUAAGUACUAAUAAUUUAUUUCUCGCCCUCAUGCUGCUUAUUCAGGAGUUUUUAGAUAGGAACGGGACUUUAAGAAUUGCCAGCAAGGAUUCACCAGUCUUGCAAAGAAGGCUCAAGGGGCUCAUCAGAGGGCAACGGCAGUACAGUCUGGACUCCCACAUAGACUUGAUGGUGGCUGCCAACUCAGACAAAGAGGAUAAAACUUCAAAAAACAGUGUUCCAGCCAUCGAAGAACUCAGCCAUGGACAGGAUGCAGAAGAGGAUACGCGUUGUACCAAGUGUGGACAAGUGCUCUCCACAGAGUAAUUUAAUUUAGUCAUGACUAUUAUCAUUUGCAAUUUUUUUCUCUGUAUAAUUUAUGGAGAUAUAUUUUAAUGCGUUGCAUGUAGUUGAUAUUUUUGUUGUUGUUGCUUUUAUCAUCAUAUGCUUUUUAAAUAAAUGUUGCAAGCUGA